AUUCUGUGCGUUUUCUAUCCAUGUUGGACGAGAAGAACAUGUUUGAUUUUGGCGUCCUCUUCUGGAAAAUCGACUGCAUUCCUAUACGAGGAACAUGCCGCGGUGACAAGUAGCCUGACGGGCUACUCCCCACCGCUCACCGGGAUUCUGGUAAAGCUGCGGGCAGGCAUCAUCCCGCGGUAACCGGGACUGUGCUACAUCACCAAACACUGAGCAACUUCAUUCGGGUGGAUUUGAGUUUGAUGAAACAAGGCGUCCAAUUGCGUUGCGACCAUGACCUCUGCAGAAGACAAGUGCUGGGGAGAGUGCAUGGACCUUGCUAUCCAGAUAGCACAUAAAGCUAUAAAGGUCGUGCAGGAGGCUGUGAAACAAGAGAAGCAGGUCAGUAGCAAAAGCACUCCAACAGAUCUGGUGACAGAGGCUGAUCAACAGGUGGAGGAACUGAUCAUAUCUACCCUGAAGGAGAAGUAUCCCUCACACAGGUUCAUAGGAGAGGAGUCCUCUGCCGCUGGGGAGAAGUGCAUCCUGACAGAUGAGCCCACCUGGAUCAUAGACCCCAUCGAUGGCACCUGCAACUUUGUCCACAGCUUUCCAAUGGUGGCAGUCAGCAUCGGCUUUGCUGUCAAGAAAGAGUUGGAGUUUGGAGUGAUCUACCACUGCUUUGAUGGUACCCUCUACACAGCCAGGAGAGGCCAUGGAGCAUUCUGCAAUGGAGCUCCCAUCCAUGUGUCCAAAGAGAGAGACAUAUCGAAAGCCCUCAUUCUGACGGAGAUCGGUGCGAAGAGGGACCCUGCUACACUGGAGAUCUUCUUGGGGAACAUGAAGAAGCUGCUGAGCGCUCCUGCUCAUGGGGUGCGUAUCAUUGGUAGCUCCACGUUGGCGCUGUGCCACAUAGCGACGGGCGCCGCGGAGGCCUACUACCAAUACGGCCUGCACUGCUGGGACAUCGCCGCCGCUGCCGUCAUCAUCACAGAAGCCGGAGGGUGCGUCAUCGACACCUCAGGUGGUCCCCUGGACCUGAUGUCGAGGCGCGUGGUGGCUGCAGGCUCCCGAGAGAUGGCUGAUUACGUCGUCCAGCAGCUUCAGCCAAUCAGCUACGAGCGCGACGACCACGACCCCGACGCCUAGUCGUAACCUUUGACCUUUCCACUUCUGGCCCGACUGACCUCGGAACAUUCAGCCUCUUACCUCAGAUCCAUGUAAUCCUGCCACAAACACACACACACACACACACACACACACACACAUACAGGGUGCGAUUUGUCAAGAGACACAAAUAUACAGUUUCUUUCAAUAUUGCUGCAACUCUAUAAAGCAAGUAUGAGGCAAAGGUAAUCAUUGCCUCCACCAGAGAUUGCAUGCAAGCUCAUUAGUUUGAUGCACCAAUUCAUUCUGGGUAAACAUUUUUUCUGUUCAGUGAAAUUUGGAUAUUUGGAUAUGAAAGCCCAAAUAUAGAAGAUCACCCUUCAUAUCUUUUAAAUGACACCCUACACACACACACACACACACACACACACACACACACACACACACACACACACACACACACACACACACACACACAAACACACAGACGCACACACAUGCUCUGCAGUGUCCUAAUAUGCAAUACCUUUUUCCCGUCAUUCUCUCAAUGCAAAGAAUCAACCAAACAAACUGUUACCAGUACACCUGCUGCUGAGAAAACACGUUGUGCUGCCAAAACAAGAAAUAAUGAUUAUGUAUUUUGGAUAUUCUUUCUUUUCUCAAUAUUAGUUUCCCAAAUUUGAGAUUUUUUUGGUCACAAAAAUAUAUGAGAAAAGACAGAAGGGGCCUUUUCAAUCUUUUUUUUUUAACCUUUUUUUGUAAAUGGCUAAGCAAACUGUUUUACGAUGUGAUAAUCAUGAAUAAAACUGUAGAAGUGUUUAAAGUGCCCCAAUAACUCCGCCAGCUGACAAAUCAGACUUUGUACCUGUCAAAUCAUGUAUACUUCCAGCUGUUUAAAAAAACAAUGAAAAUGUAAACACUUGACCUUUUUGACUUGCUGGUGUUUUAAAUGAAUACAGUAAGCGAACAGUGAGACUGUUGACAUUACACACAUGCGCGCAUACACGCAUGCACACAUGCACCCGCACACACACACGUGCCCACACAUGCAUAUGCACACAAACUUAUGAAGAAUUACUGAGUGUAGCUCUACUGAGUAUGUACCUGCACUGACUACUGUAUCGAUGUGUAUCAGGGCUACUAUAGGAACUGUCUGCACCACACGGACGGACCUGCCACCUUCCCAGCAUUUAAACCUACCAAAUCAGGGGUUUUAUCUAAACUGGUGAGCAUAACUUUUAUACAGCUAGGCUAGUGAAAGAAACACAACUCUCUUACCAGCUAUAUACUGCAGUUUUAACCAAUGGCAUGUAUACAAAGCAAUGCAGUCAUUGGUUUUAGUCUUCGUCUGUACUCCAGUUUUUUAUGUUUUCUAACACACAAUGAAGACCCAGUAAGGGUUGUUCUAAUAAUUCACGUUUCUUUUUUUCUAGUUGGCCUCAGCACAGUUGACUCUGUAAUCAGUCCUUGUUUCCUGAUUCACGCUCACUGUGACUGAAAAUAAAACUACUGAA